AUGCAUACUACGCAACAGCAAAAGUUUUCAAAUCGACGUGCUAAUUAUGGUUUAGAACUGCGCAAACCAUCCUCUAGUUCCCGUACAUCAACACAGUCUGGCUCUCCAUCUAGUGAACUUAAGCAGCUUGCUGUCUCUGAAGAACUCGUCUCAUCUAUAAUUAAAAUUGUCCUGUCUGAUCAAUCGUUAGUAACCAACAUCGUUAAAACUGUUAUAGAAAGUGAAUCGGUACAACGGUUAGUUGAAUCUGUUGUUGAUUCUCGAAUGGCUCAGUGUCAAGAACGUAUUGAUCGACUUGUAACUACAAACAGUAUGGACGAAGAUGAGGAAUUAGGAGUACAAGUACAUGAAACAGAUAUUUACGCCUCACAUCGUCUUGGUAAAAAAUUAGCAAAUCGUUCAAGACCUUUGAUUGUUCGUUUUCUUCGUUAUAAAACACGUCAAGAAGGUUUGAAGAAUCGUUCUAAGCUAAGAACGAGUGCUAAAUAUCAAAAAGUGUACAUUAAUGAAGAUCAAACUCGUCUCAAUUAUGAUUUGUAUCGUUAUGCUCGUAAAAUUUUGGAGAAAAGAUAUAUUUAUACCCAAAACGGUGUUCCAUAUUACGUAGCUUCUGAUGGCUACUGCUAUUUGUUAUCCUCGUACCAGGCAAUUGACGAACUUCGUAUAGUUGAACUCGGCGACCUUGUGAAUUUAAAACAGUAAAAGAAAGUGGCGGUCGAAUACAUGUAGGUAUUAUACAUGAAGAAACAAAAAAAAAAAAUGACAUUUCUCUUCUGCUUACAACCUUGUGUUACACAAUUCUUUUUCUUUCUUUCUCCUUCUUAUCUGUGUGUGAAUGAAAUAUUCUGUGCCAGAAAUAUGCUGAACUGUCAAAAGAGAGCAUCUCCCUUACCAUCAAUAAUUUUUUACCAUGAUAUCAGCUAACAAAAAAUGUAAAGGUGUACUCAGUUCUUUGAAGAUUUCUGUGCACAAUAUCAGAAGCAUGCUCGCAAAUAUAAGUGAGUCAAACACACUUAAUAGCAUACACCC